UAACAAUAUUAUAAACCCUAAAAUAAUAAAAUAAAGUGAUCUACACAGCUUUGAUAAUCAUGCUAACCAAAUUUUGAUAUCGAUUCAUGGUAGAUAAGCUAGUGUCAAGUAUCUCCCUAACUAUUUUGUAAGAUUAUUUGGCAUUUUCUUUUUCUUUUUUGGCAUCAUAGGUGGAUCAUCUAGGACCAAAAAAUAGUCUAUGGUCAUUUGUCAUGCCAAGAAAUUAGACAAGACCCCAAUGUGAGUCUAAUAUGAUCAGUGUCAAUUUUCAAGGUCCUUGUGGUUGCCUCUUUCCCUAAAGGAUGUUAAUUAAGGCCAGAAUUGCAACUGAGAAAUAAUAUUGUGACCUCAAAGUCACAUCGAGCCUUUUGAUGAAUUAGCAGAGUUUAGUGGUAUGAGAGAAAGAUCUUUUGGAUCUCUAGGGCUCAGUGAUGAAGAGCUGGGGAAACAAGCCAGAUAUUGUGCUACAAUGGGGAAAUAUCUAUGGAGCCUAACCUGCUUUGACCUAGACAAGCCAGGCCUGAUCAAUCAAAUGGCAAAGAAUAUGUGUCACCUCCAGAACUCUCCAUACUCUCUGGAAUUCUCACUCUUUUGAAUUUAAUGUCCAUAUCUUGAACAUCUUUCCUCAGACAUCACCUUAAUUAAUCUUUUUUAAAUUCGCUAAAGCAAGUAUGACUUUGAAGUGAAUCCUGUACUCUGUCAUUGAAGAUGGUAGUGUCAAUGAAAUUAGUACAAUUCAUCCUAGCUAUCAGGCAUUCGCCUAUUGAGGUUUAGGAAUAUUAUAGGAUUCUGUUGCAGAGGUGAUGGGCUUAAUGCAAUCUCUUUGUUCAAUUUAAGAAUGCUGAUGGGAGUUUCACCAAGGUGGCCAAGUCGGCAAGGUUUGAAGUUUGAACAAGUAUUUGUCAAAAAAUCUGCUAAGCUGUCUCAUGAUGGAUUUUAAGUUCUGAAGUUGAUGACAAAAGUUUGCUCGUGGGGAAGUCUAUGCUCAGGCUCAUUGUCUGUAUGCCUAAUAAAAAUGUCAAUAUCUUUGUUGAGGAUGUGGUUCUCUAUAUUAAAUUUAAGUUGAUACGCAUGCUCUUGUCCUGCCUCAGACUUUAAUUUGGCAACAGAUUUGAUUUUAUCUUACUUUGGCAUUUGAGGGGGAACCGAUAUCUUUGCUUAGUUAAGAUUAGAGUCUGGAUUUUUUUUCGAUUCAAGUGUAGCAAAGGGGGCUUCAAGCAGCAUGUUGUGCAGUUUAGUUAGCAAGGAGCAUUAAGGUGGCUGAUACAUGGGGAAAAGAGCUGAGGUCUGUUAUAUAAACUAAUUCUGCUAAGAUGGAUCAAAGAAUUAGAGAAUCCGGAUUCGGAGACUAACUAUGAUGGCCAUGCAUUUUAAGGCUUUUUUCCAUUGGAUUUAAUGUUCUUUUCACAUAUAAAUGUUUACCUUAUUCACUUUUGAAGACAUUUUGCUGUUUCUCUUAGUACUUUUCUUUAAUACUGUUUAUUAAAACAGCUUUAUAAUGCCCCCUAUUUCUUCAUAAUGGGAGAAGGAUUAACCAUUCUUCACUGAUGGAUGUGUUUCUCUGGUAUAAUCUGCAUUUUAAAUCGGUUUUUUCUAUUAUUUAUAUUUAAAUUAUAAGGGAUGUCUAAUAAUAAUUUUAAAAAUGUUCUAACAUGGCUGAAUGAUAAAGUGUGAUUAUCUUUCCCUAGUUGUGAAUAUUCUUUAAUUAGGGGAAUAAAAUGAAUUGAACAAGUAAUCACAUGCUUUGUCUUCACUAAUUAUUGUGAGUUGACAUUCAUGUCUUGAAACGAAACGUAUACAUUGCUUCACUGCUUCUAAUUUGCUGGUAACAUAAAUAGCUGAAAAUGGAAUGUCAAAUGGUAGUAUAAUAUUCCUUCCUCUUUAUUAAUUUAAUUACGUACCCAGUAAAAAAGAAAAAGGGGGAUAUAUAAUGUCAUAGAUUGGGGAAUUUUCAGUCUAAAAUUCUCUUUCUACCAUUUGGAAAUACCUUCUGGUUGAAUUCUUCAAGAUUUUAAUUAAGAUACAACAACUUUAUUCCAAAUUAUUUGUAUCAUUUUGAUUAGACAUGUUUAUCUACAAAUGCAUUACUUUGGCCGUUAAUUAUUUAAUUGUGAAUAGUGUUAUGAAGAAUUCAAAAGUAUCUUACAUUCUACUCCUCACGUAUUAUAAUAAAUACUUACUAGUAUGUAUUUGUAUUAACAUAAAUAUUAUGGUCAAAAUAGUAUAUGUGAAUAGCGAUAAAAGUUAUGAUGAUGCGAAUAAUUUGGUAUGGAAUGGGUAUUAUAAACACAGGAUAUUACAUACGGACUUUUAAUUUGCAGCUAUAAUCAUAUCAAUAGGGUGUUGUGUAGCUAAAUUGUUGGAUAUGAAGUACGAAGUAAUAUAACAAUGUGCAGCUAUGUUACUCGGACUCUUUCAUUUACCUACCUCACGUGUCCGUGUCGACACGACUCGUGCCGGACACCGACACCGACACUUGGACAGUUCAUUUUUAACUAAAACACAAUUUUUUUCAAGAAAAUGGGCGAGUCCGAUACUUGGACACCCGUGUCUAAUUGGACACUUCAUCCGAGUCCAAGUAACAGAGAUGUGCAGUUCAUUUUGUCAUUAAAUCUCUUGAUGAGGGUUUGCCUUCUGUAUGAUAUUCUUUAGCUUGUUAGUUUUAAGUAUGAACUGGUUCAAGUAAUUUUUCUAAUACUUAUGACAUGAAUGCUGACUAUUAUGAAACAGAGCCGUGAAGGGUUGUAUAUGGAUUUUUUUUUUAAUUUUGUUUAUGAUAAUACACCUAGUCAACAGCUGCCUCAGGACCCGUUUUAUAUGCCUCUCUUUGCUUUUUUUUCCUUCAUUGUCUUAUUCUCUGUCUCCGUGUUCUCUCAUAUAAUUUCAGGGUUUUCUGCUAUUGAAUUUGCUCCAUGAAUUGGUGGUGGCUAGGAGCUAUUGGUUCCGCUUUACACAGAAUAGAGAGUGGAGAUAUUCCAUCAAAAUACCAUAAUGUAGCACUUGUAGUUGGCGUGACUGGCAUCUCUGGUAAUAGUCUUGCAGAUAUCCUUCAGCUAUCUAGUACACCCGGUGGCCGGUGGAAGGUCUAUGGUGUUGGGCGAAGGCGUCAACCUGAAUGGCAGUUUCACCACAACCAUGUUCAAUAUAUCCAAUGUGAUAUGGUUGAUCCUGAAGCUACCCAAGCUAAACUUUCACAUCUGAGUGAUGUAACUCAUGUAUUCUACGUUGGAUGGGUUACCAAAUCCACUGAAGAGGAAACUUACGAAGAGAACGGCAGAAUGCUGCGUAAUGUUCUUAAUGCGGUCAUACCUAAUGCGCCAAAUUUGCAGCAUAUCUGUCUUCAAACAGGUCAGAAAUAUGCCCUACCUUCUUUGGACUCAUCGGCUGAAAUUCAAAAUGAACCUCAAUUUGUUGAGGAGUUGCCCAGGGAAGAUACUACCGAUAGUUAUUAUGCUAUGGAGGAUAUAUUGGCUGAGGAGGUGCAGGCAAAGGAGAAUCUGACGUGGUCAGUCCAUCGACCUGCUGUUAUGCAUGGGUUUUCUCCUUACAGUACUAGGAACAUAAUUGGUUCGCUCUGUAUUUAUGCCACUAUAUGCAAGCAUGAAGGACAACCCUUAAAGUUUCCAGGCAACCAGGCAGCCUGGGAUGGUUACUCAGAGGCUGCAGAUGCGGAUUUAGUGGCUGAGCAGCAAAUAUGGGCGUCACUUCAUCUCGAAGGCAAGAGGCAAGCAUUCAACUGUAGCAACGGGGAUGUGUUCAAGUGGAAAGAUCUGUGGAAGAUUUUGGCUGACGAAUUUGAAUUAGAAACCGUGGAAUUUGAAGAAGAUUCUACUACUCUUGAAGAAAUGAUGAGGGAGAAAGGUCCUGUAUGGGAUCAGAUUGUACAAGAGAAGGAUCUGCUUCCUACUAGAUUCGAGGAGGUUGGGACUUGGUGGUAUGUCGAUUCUGUCCUCAGAUGUCAGACUGUAUCAGACGAUUAUAUUAAUCGGGGUAUGGAGAAAAGCAGGAAGUUCGGAUUUGGGGGUUCCAGAAACACUGCAGAUUCAUUUCGUUUUUGGAUCUACAUGACAAGAAAGUACAAGAUAAUUCCUUAAUCUGCUAGGUUGUUGCUGCUGCUGCUGCUGCUGCUGCUAAUGGUAGCUGAAGCAGAUUGUCAUUUGAAUUCAGUGGAAUUGUUUUGAUGCGUCAACUAUGAAUUGGUCUACAAGUUAGGUUGUGCCCUCAACUUAGCCAAAAGCCAGCCAUAGACCAGAUCAUUUAUGAUAAUGGAAUCCCACUCUCUUUGAUAAUCAUCAAAUCACACGUUAAUGGCACAUCUUUAUUUUAUUUUAUUUUUUAAUCAUUUUUAUUAUUUUUUUGCAAUUUAGAGUACAAAGACUAGUCUUCUUUUUGUACCAUGUCUCAAGUUUGAACUUUUAUGUAUCAAAAACCCCUUUGUUAAAGUCAGACCAUAUAUAUUUAGAUUUAGGCUAUGAUCUAUAAUCUAAUUUUAUUUUA